AUGUCCGAUUCCUACAACCUCCCUCCCGCUCCCGAACAAGACCAAUCGGGUGCCGGGGACGCACUUCCGACAUACGACGAUCUCGCCGAACAGCACGGUCCAAACUCAAGAUUCGGCCGCUGGAGAGGAUGGAUAGAGAAGAGAGCUGCCGAACGAUAUAACGACAUCACCCCAGCAGAGCGCGAACGGCGACGACUGCGCGGCUGGAAUGUGAGUGACCGCACCACCGCCUCUUUGUUCCGCCCCAAAGACCAGAAUGGACCUCCCUACUCGAUGUUUUCCACGAACCCAUCGGUGUCCGCGUCGUCGUACGGCGGGCCUUCAAAUCCACCGUCAAUAUAUGCAUCUACCCACUCGUCGUUCAUCCAAAUCCCCCCUGGCCCAAGUCCGUACGCCUCUAUGCUCUCUGUACCCUCGGGAUAUCCAUCCUCCAUGUAUUCGUCCGCACCCUCCUCUUACCACAUGCACCCGCAACUGCGCCUCCAGACCUCUUUUACAGACAGCAUACCAGCAUCGCCGUUCACGCACUCCAAGUACCCUGAGCCGCCUGCGUCGCUCAUCCCUGAGUCUAUACCACCUUCGCGUCUGAAGCUGUAUAACUUUGGCUCGCGGUUUCUCCCUCAUUCAACAUCGCCCAUCCGAUGUCUGUUACCCAUAACGAACCAUCAUUUGCUGCUCAUAGGACACGAUGACGGGCUGUCGGUCCUUGACAUGUUUCCUCGCAGUGAUAGUCCAGACGACUUCGACGGCGACGACAAGGGGCCCAUGGAUGCUGAGGCGAGAGUAAUAUGGGAGGGUGAAGGUGUGCAUCAGAUGACCAUACUGGAGUCCGAGAGCACUGGAGAGGGUACUCCUCAGGGAGUUGUUCUUGUCCUAGUUGGCACCUCCGUGGAUUCAUCCAAAGAUCAAGAAGAGCCCAGGAUCUUACGGAUGUAUAAUUUGGCGAGUCUGGUCAGUCUCGCGAAGUGGACUGUAGCGCAGAAGGGUUCUGUGCGUCCUCUAGACAUGCGAGGUGCUUCACAAAGCAAGAAUUCUUAUGGCCUGCCAAAGAAAAUCCCUCGUUCUACCAGUUCGAUCGCAAAGGGUCUGAAGAAUCUGGUCCUCGACAACGGAUCGCAGCUGAACACAACGUCGAAGCACGACUCACAUGUGUCACACUCUUCUCUGUCCAGCAUCUUCACUUCACCUACCAAGGGGAAAGGAAAGGCGCCACCACCGGUAUCGCGCACAGAUUCGGUCGAUUCAGAUUGGGACGUGGUCAACGAGCUACCGUUACGAUGGGCUACAAACUAUACACCACUAGCAUCAACGGGGUCGCGUCUGCUCAACAAUGCAGUCCUUGGCUACGACAUAUACCGAAAUGAAGCACAGCGUGGCCCAGGUGGUGUCUUCCUUGCCAUCGCCACGAAGUCGUCGGUUCUAUUGUACGAAGCCCCGAAGGGCGAACGCGCUUUCCGCUUCACGAAGGAGUUUUACACCCCUCUACCACCGAAAAGCGUCAUGUUCGUCCAACAGUCCGUCGCCGACAACAUGUCCCGCAGCCCGUCCGACAUCUACCCCCGCGCGACCGCGCUCGACUCCCAUGUGGCGCGACACCAGCGCGUCGUCUCCUACAGCGCGGCGCAGUUGCGCACCAACUACCCAACACAGCUCACCCUCUUCGUCACCUUCGACAAGAAGGCAGGCACGAUCCGUAUCGCCGACUCCGCCGUCGGCGAGAUCGAGCUCUACGAGGACAACUGGGCCGCACAGCAGUCCGCGCUCGGCGCCCAGUCCCCCUCGUCCGCGUCCUCCGCCGGCGGCGCCUCCGUCCGCCACUCACGCGCGUCCUGGGACGGCCGCGCGUUCGCGAAGGAGAAGGCGGCGUGGGCCCGCCCCGCGCACGUCCUUAUCCCGCCGUCGACCGCGCGCGGGCGCUCGACGGAGAUGUACCUCCUCACGCGCGGCCGCCAGUCGCACCUCGUGCCCUUCCCGCUCCCGUCCAGGCUCGCCGCGCUGCCGCCGUACCGCGUGCUCGUCUGGUCUGCGCCGCCGACGCACGUCGCCGUGCGCGUGUGCGCGCCCGAGGCGGACGACCCGGACGCGGUCGACCCGAACAGCAUGGACGCGCCCUUCCUCCAGGUCGUCGCGUUCGGCGAGGACGGCGUGGAGGUGCAGGAGAUCCCGCUCGCGCAGCUCUCGGAGCGCAAGGGCAAGGGGCGCGCGCAGGAGCCGCUCCGGGCGCAGGCGGACACGGGCGGGGCGGCGGGGCUGCUCCUGUCGGGGGGCCACUGGGACCAGCCGUUCAUCCCUGGAGCGGGGCUGUCGCGCUCGUACUCGACCUCAAGUUACACCACGGAUGAGUCGGAGGAAGGAUAUCCGCGACGUCCGCCCCAGGAUGGGCUGUACGCUUGGGUCCAAAAGGGCGCCGAAGACUGGCGGGUGAUCUGGCUCGGAGACGGGAGCGCCGACUUUGACGACGGCUUCGAAGAUUUCGAGUAA